AUGGCGGGCUCGCCGCCUCCGGGAGCGGCCGCGGGUUCCGCUCCGCUGCGCCGCCGGCGGUCCUGGGCCGAGCUGCUGGCGGGAAGAGUCAAGAGGCAAAAAUAUAACCCGGAAAGGGGACAGAGACUGACGGACUCGGCCGUGCAGCUCCUGCGACGCCACCAGAGCCUGAGUGACCUUCUGCUCGAGGUGGAAGAUCCACCCUGUGAAAACCUGUGCCUCCACACAUUGAUUGACCGUGACCGGGCCUCCACGCACGGUUCCUGUCCCUUCAUAGGACAAGGCAAUGACAUGCACAUGAAAAUUGCAUUGUGUCAUCUUCACAAUUGUGCAGAGAAGAACUCUCUCUUGCUUGAAGCUGUAUGGCGUCUUCAUGUGCAAAGUGUCGUGAGCCUACAAGAGCUGCUGGAAAGCCAUCCUGACAUGCGGGCUGUGGUGGCGUGGCUCUUCAGGAACCUGCGCCUCCUGUGCCAGCAGAUAGACACCUCCUGCCCAUACCUGGACAUCGCUAGGGCUGUGCUCUCUGGGGCGGCCUUCCCUCCUGAGUCUCCCUCUGCUGUGCUCAGGCUUGGUGUGUUCCAGGCUCUCCCGUGUGGUAGGGUUUCUGCGGAUGCGCUGAAGAGGUUCCUCAGCCACACCCUGACCCAGGUUCUCACUCACAGCCCUGUACUGAAAGCGUCUGAUGCAAUUCAGAGGCAGCGAGAGUGGAGCUUCGUCAGGACCCACCCUCUGCUCACCACGCUGUACCGCAGGCUCCUGGUGAUGCUGAGUCCAGAGGAGUCGGUCGGCCGUUUGCAGGAGGUUCUGGAGACACGUGAGGUCAACUGGCAGCGCGUGCUGUCCUGUGUGUCCACACUGGUCGUCUGCUUUCCAGAGGCACUGCAGCUGGUGCAAGAUUGGGUGGCCCGUUUGAUGGCCCAUGCCUUCGAGAGCUACCAUCUGGACAGCAUGGUCACUGCCUUCCUGAUUGUGCGCCAGGCUGCCCAGGAGGGCCCCUCUGUAUUCCCAUCCUAUGCAGACUGGUUCAAGGCCUCGUUUGGGAGUGCACGGGGCUACCACAGCUGCAGCAAGAAGGCUUUGGUCUUCCUUUUCAAGUUCCUGUCCAGCCUCGUGCCCUGGGAAGCCCCCCGGUACAUGCAGGUGCAUGUUCUCUACCCGCCCCUGGUGCCCGGGAAGUACCGCACCCUCCUCACUGACUACGUGGCCCUGGCCAAGACACGGCUGGCUGACCUCAAGGUUUCUCUGGAGAAUAUGGGGCUCUACGAGCAUUUGUCCUCAAGUGAGGAUGUCACAGAGCCCCACAGCCAGGCAGCUCAAGACGUGGAGAAGGCCCUCCUAGUGUUUGAGCACACGGGGAAGAUCCCAGUCCCGGUCAUGGAGGCCAGCAUAUUCAGGAGGUCCUACUACCUGUCCCACUUCCUGCCUGCCCUGCUCACACCGCGAGUGCUCCCGUCAGCCCCGGAUUCCCGAGAGGCUCUCAUAGAAGCCCUGAAGAGAGCAGAUAAAAUCCCCCAGUCUCUGUAUGCUGCCUACUGCCAAGCCUGCUCCACUGCUGAGAAGCCUCCAGAAGGUGCAGCCUUGGGAAUGAGGGCAGAACCCACCCAUGCCGAGGAGCCCCUGGGACCACUCAGGGUGGCGCUGAGAGAACUCAGAGCCUUGAUGGCAGACCCCACCCAGGCUGACGUUAUAUCUGCUCAGAUGGCCGUGGUUUCUGAACGACUGAGCGCAGCCUUGGGGCGUGGUGAGGAUGACAGCCUCCGGGGCAGGGGGAGGAUUCAGCUCAACGUCCUUGCUCCAGAACUUCAGCAGCAGGAGCAGCUGGUGGUGGACCUCCUGCUCUCAGCUUUCUGUCAGAGCCUGAUGGUGGCCUCCAGCUCUGCCCCUCCAGAGAGGCAGGGCCCCUGGGCAGCCGCCUUUGUGAGGACCCUGUGUGGACCUACGCUGCUCCCUGCAGUCCUCACCCGCCUCUGCCAGCUGCUCCACCACCAGGGCCCACGCUUGAGUGCCUCACAUGUGCUGGGCUUGGCUGCCCUGGUUGUCCACCUGGGUGAGCCUGGGUCUGCACUCCCGGAGGUGGAGCCAGGCCCUCUUGCCCCUGCCAGCAGCCUUCCUGUCCCCAGGUUCCUCGAUAGCCUCCUGACGUGCCACACCAAGGAGUCCUCGCUCUUCUGCCUGAGGUUCUGCACCGCAGCGCUCUCUUACGCUCUGUGCAGGGUCUCUCCCCAGCCCUGCGACUCUUGGCACAGCUGUUUGUCUCCAGGUUUUGUCAAAAAGUUCCAGUUUCUUGUGUUCAGAUUCUUCUCAGAGGCCCGGGUGCCUCUCCCUCAGGAGGAUGCAGCUGGCCUUCCCUGGGGACCCCUGUGCCUUYCCCCUGCAGACUGGAAGAUGGCCACCCUUGCCCUGUGGAGACAGGGCCACUUCCAGGAGCUGCUCACUGGGGAGUUUCGUCUAACCUUUGGGGACUGGCUGCAACUAGAACUGGAAAUCCAACCUGGAGCUGAUGCCCUGUCAGACACAGAGAGACAGGACUUCCACCAGUGGGCAAUCUAUGAGCACUACCUCCCUGCGCCCUCUGCUUCAGGAGGCUGUGAUGGAGACCUGCAGGUGGCGUGCACAGUUCUGGUCAACGUGCUGAUGGACUUCUAUCAAAGUUCGAGGAGUUGGAAUCACUUGGAGAGCUCUGGCUGGGUCCCUGGUGGCCACACAGGAAGUGGGGAUCUUCUUUCCAGGCUGCAGGAGAUGGUUCUUGACCUGGAGCUGGAGCAAGGUGCAGCUACUCAGGGACACUUUGUCUUCUCGGUGUUGCGCAGCCGGCUGCAGCCUCUGGCAGGUGGGGCAGGUGUGGCCACCAGCCUCCAGAGACAGCAGGAGCUGCUUGCGUGCAGACGGCUCCUCCUUCGCCUGCCCCCAUCCAUCCUGGUCGGCGGCCUGCAGGCCCGACAGCCCAUCGACCCCCUCUGCGAGGAUUUCUUCCACUUGGUCAACUCUGAGCUGAGAAACUUCUCCCAGGGAGGCGCCUUGACCCACGACAUCACCAUCCAUUUCUUCAGGGGGCUCCUGAAUGCCUGUGCACACAGCCACGACCCCUUGCUGACAGCCAACCUGACUCUGACUGGGUGCCAGACCAAAUGCCCCAUCCUUCUGACCUCUGCGCUGGCCUGGUGGUCAAGCCUAGAGCCUGUACUGCAAAGUCGGUGGAGAAAACGCUUCCAGUGCCCACUGCCCCUUGAGCUGCAGAGGCUGCAGGAAGCCCAGCAGUUUGCCAGCAACUUUCUGGCCCCUGGCUCGACUUCCCCUGCACCCAACCCUGCCUGGGUCUCAGCUGCUGCAUUGCACUUUGCAGUGAAAAAAGUCAAGACCGAAGGUGCCAGAUGGCCGAAGCUGGACUGCGAGAGAGAGGAGCUACUGGUUCCCCUCUUUUUCUUUUCCUUGAUGGACCUGCUCUCGUCACAUCUGACCCCAAACAACACGGUUGACCCCCCGAAGGCUGUGGACACCUGUGCUGAAGUUCUUGAGUGUUUGCAGAGGCGGAGGGUGGAUUGGCUGGUGCUCUUCCAGUUGACAGAGACGGAUGCGGGGCUAGGGCACCUUCUCCUCCGCCUGGCCCCAGACCAGCAUACCAAGCUGCUGCCUCUUGCCUUCUACAGUCUUCUCUCCCACUUCAAAGACGACACCAUCAUUAGGGAAGAGGCCUUUCUGCGUGUUGCUGUUGACAUGUACCUCAAGCUGGUCCAGCUCUUCAUGGAUGGGGAGACCAGGGCUGUGUCAGCUCCGGCCAGCAGGAGACUAGAGCUCCAGGGCCAGUCCUCUCCCCAGCCUGGCAACCCUGUACAACUCCUCACAGAAGCUCGUCUUUUUCUGCUGCAGUUAAUACCUCAGUGCCUGAACAGCGGCUCCUCAAACAUGGCAGAGCUGCUGGCUGGUCGGGAAGACUGGGACCCUGAGGUGAGCAGCGCCCUUCUGAGCAGGCAGCGGGCUGUGCCGGACACUGACCUCUACCAGGAGCCCCGUCUCUUCUGACUGGAUUCUGCUCAGUGCACC